AUGAUAAAUCUUGAAGAAUUGAAAUUAUAUUUAUCAGUAAGAAGAUCUGAUUCGACUUAUAUUGAUGGUAUUCAAUUAUAUGAUCAAUUUCUUAUUUAUAUGACACAAUUAAAGAAGUUUACAUUUAGCAUUAAAACAAUGGUCUUGUUUAGGACGGUUAAAGUUGAACUUCAAUCGAAUGAAGAUAUUCAACGUAGUUUCAUUGGAAGAGGAUAUCAACAAGUAGCGUCAUAUGUACAUCCUAAUGCAUUUUCAUGCGAUGGCAAAUGCCAUAUCUAUUCACUUCCGUAUGACUUCGAAUAUUUUUUUAAUCUCGACAAUUCUUUUCAAGGUGGUAUGUUUAAUAAAGUUCGACAAUUGAAAAUGAGUGAUGCAAUUCCUUUUGAAGAUAAUUUAUUUAAACUCAUCUCUCAAAACUUUCCUUUUCUCGAAUUUUUAUAUAUAUCUAAUGAUUAUCCACAAAAACAUAAUCAACAUUCAUCAACAUCAAUCAUAUUUCCUUAUCUUAAAUUUCUUGAUCUAAAAUGGGCACAUAUUGAUUAUGCUGAACUAUUUCUUUUGAAAAAAAAUAUGUAUUUAUCUCGUUUAUCAAAUCUCUUCAUGAAAUAUGAAUCACUCAUAACGAUAACAAACAAUUUUACUAAUGAUGCAACACAAUUUAAUUUUGGAAAUUUUCAUCUUCAUAUAACUGCACCAUUUACGUCAACAUUUAUUGCAUAUCAUGAAACAGCUACGCAACCAAUAUCAAAAUCUCCUUCGAAAAAUGAAUCUUAUACAAAACAACGUUAUUUUCAACGACUUCAAAAAUCAUUGGUUCGUCAUCGUUCACGUUCUUCAUUUUAUUCAAACAGUAAUUCUCCUAGUUCAUCUCGUAGUCGAAGUCGUAGUCAUCGACAAGUAAAAUCUCCAAGUCGAUAUAAUUGUUCACAACGAUAUUCAUCAUUCUAUCAAAAUUGUUGA